CGCGGCACCCCCACGGCCGCAAGCUCCGCGCGACAUGUGCAACUUGUAUCUGUGCUGUGUUGUGAACCCUUUGUUAGGGGAAGUUUGAAAGUGUGCUUCACCUGUUUUGUUAAAUAGGAUUCCGAUGACGCCAUGAGCCACAUCGCCCAGACUUGCCUUAAACAUGGCCACAAACGACCUCCCAUGUAAAACCAAGCAAUGGACGACAAAGUUAACGAUGCGGCUGUGCUCAGUGAACUUACUAGCGGCCACCAUACUAGCGUGCUUACCUUACAUCUCCACUUUAACUUUGCCGAGCGGGGACCCGGCUCCGGGCCGCUCGCCCGGCCCACCCGAAUCUGAACUUUAUGUUACUUUAGAUACAGUUGAAAAUGUAACCGAUGUGACCACAGAAAUGAGUGAGGUAGAAGACGCAUGUGCCUUCGCGAGGAGUGAGAGAGAGGUAGUGACGUUGAGUGAGACGGAUAGUGAAGUGAAUUUGACGGUUGAGCAUGCGGUGUUUGAAACGGAGCAGCUUGUGAGGGGCGUCGUAUAUGAAGUCCACCUCCGUUUCGACGCUACCAUCCGCGACUACGCUCUCUACUCCAUCGUGGGCCCCUUCGUCCGAGGAAACUUCACCCCCACUUCCCCCCUCGAACGCUCUUGCCCCGACGACGCCCCACACUUCGUACCCAAGCAUAAGCACAAACGCCGUUUCAAUUCGAAAUUCGAACGCGGAACAAGUGACGGUCGAUUUGAAACAAGUGAAAGUGAUAAGUGGUCUAGUGUGUAUUUUAGACCGCGGGUAGUGAAAAGUGUGAGGUACAGGAGGAGGUUUGUGCCGGCUAGGGUAGUGAGUGGGCCGUUGGGGGGGAGGGGGGAGGUGCUGUUGACGUGGAGUGUUAGUGAGGCGGAGCGGCUGGGGGAGGAUGAUAGUGUUGUUUUUAGGUUACGCUAUAGGAAAAUAACGAGUGCCACCAUAUACCAAGUGUUCUUUACUAAAUAUUUAAGACUAGAUUGCGCGUUACACAUAAAAGGGGCGCGCGGGCGCGUCCACUCCGGGCAGCUCCCGCGCACGCACGGCUGCCGGCUCCUCCCGCCGCCCCCCACCCCCGGCCACGCCCUCCUCCUCGAGCUGCAUAAGCUCAACGUCCCCUGUUCCACCGGCUUCAUCCGCUUCGCCCCCAACACACCACCCUUAUGCGGAAAGCUCGAACAAAUCCCAUCGCCGAACAGAAAAUUCAUAUACCACGACUCCAAGAACUCUGUUGACCUCCACGGCCGACCUACGUUCGCCGUCGCCUACCGUCUAGUCGACCAUUGUCACGAUGUGUUGCUGACGGAGAGGAACGGCUCGUUCGAAGUCGGACCCACAGUCAAACUCUUCUGCUCCUACAAAAUCCAUCUUCCUUACGGAAACAAAGUCGCGUUACGCUUACAAAUGGGCACGGGACCAAUCGCGGCUAAACAUGACUCGUCUAAUAUAAUCCAGGAGGAUUAUCAAGAGUUCUGCAAAGGAAUGGAGCUGAAUUUAGAAGACGGCGAUUCUAGAUGGAAGCAUUGUUCGCAGCCUAAUGAUCCGCUGCGCUCAGUUCAAAUUAUUUCUGAAGGAAACUCAGUAAGACUCAACAUCAGUAUCUUAGCUAAACGAAAUUCCUCAGCUAUGUGGUUAAAAGCGUGGUGGAUGGAUAAAGGUGUAGAGGAAGUGGUUGGGCACUGCGACUACGGGUGGGUGGUGUCUGAUGACUUCUGCGUGACGGCGGUGCGGGAGGCGAAGCGGGCGUGGAGGCAGGCCGAGGCGGAGUGUGUGCGGCUGGGCGGCCAUCUGGCUAGCGUGCUGAAUGAGAGGCAACAGCAUAUUUUGGACCAACUCCUCAUAAAUGCGCCCGGCGCGGGGGUGGAUGACGUGUACUGGAUCGGAGCCACUGACGCGAUCCAUGAGGGCGAGUUCCGGUGGUCCGACGGCCUGCCCUUCUCCUACUCACACUGGUUCCCCGGCUGGCGCAAGCACAGCGGCCAGCCGAACGACGACGGGACCUCCGGGCAGGACUGCGUGGAGGCGCGCCCCUCCCUCCCCCCGCGCCCGCCCCCGCCGGCGCCCACCUUCAAGUGGAACGACCGCGGCUGCAGGGAACACAACUACUUCGUGUGCGAGCGGCCACACAACACAGGCGCCCCCCCUCCCCCGCGCCCGCCCCCGCCGGCGCCCACCUUCAAGUGGAACGACCGCGGCUGCAGGGAGCACAACUACUUCGUGUGCGAGCGGCCACACAACACAGACCCAUACAUCGCGACCACCAUACAGUGCAACGAGACGAUCUUCCUCUCGCACCUGCGGCCGCACGCCACCGUCUCCUCCCCCGGCUUCCCCCGCCCCUACCCCGACGACGUGGAGUGUGUCAGCGAGCUGCGCGCGCCGCCUGCGCACGCGCUGGUCAUACACUUUGAGGAGUUGCUGACCGAACAUGAACCACAGUGA